UGAGGAGCCUCCUCACAUGAGACAGUGUCAAGAUGAUGGUGCUGUGGAUCACACUGCUUCUCCUCCAUCAGGCGUAUACGCUUCCUCCGGUGACCACAGUUGGACUUGGGGAACCUGUGACUUUAACAUGUGUUUCACCUGAUAUCAAAAACCAGAGAGUCUUCUGGUACAAGCAGAGCGCCGGGGAAAGGCUGAAAUUAAUGGUGACACUGAUGAGUUAUUCAAAACCUCUAUUUGAAACAGAGUUCUCUUCUUCAUUAUUCGAUGCUAACAUUUCUGAAAAUAUGAGCAAUCUGACCAUUUUGACGACGACUCAAGAAGACGAGGGAAUGUAUCACUGUGCAGUCAUGGAGUCUGGGUUUAAGAUUAGCUGGAGUGGAACCUAUGUGUCAUUAAAAGGAAACACUGAGAGGACAACAGAGCUGAGAGUCGUUCAGGAGCCGACAGUCUCUGAUCAGCUCCGUCCAGGAGACUUGAUGUCUCUGCAGUGUUCAGUCCUCUCUGACCCGGACAGUAAAACGUGUCCCGGAGGUCACAGCGUGUUGUGGUUCAGAGCCGUAUCACAUGAAUCUCGUCCAGACAUCAUCUACACUGCUGGAAACAGACGUGAUGGAUGUGAGGAGAGAUCUGCCUCUCAGAAAAGCUGUGUUCAUCACUUCUCUAAGAACAUCAGCUCCUCUGAUGCUGGGACUUACUACUGUGCUGUGGACACAUGUGGACGCCUUUUAUUUGGAGAUGGGACCAAAGUGGACGUUGCACAAUCAACACAUUUUGGAUUUAUCAUCAUGGUGAUUUUAAUCGUCUGCUUGGUUAUUUCUACUGUUGGAAAUGUUUUCCUCCUCUGCAAACAAAAAGCACGUAAACAACAUGGAGGAUUGGAGAGCGCUGUUUCAGAAGCCAGAAAAGAUAAUGCAUCACGGCAAGAACACAACACCGCCGAUGCUGAGAACAAAUUAAACUAUGCUGCUCUAAACUUUUCUGCAAGAAAACCAAGAGGAAGAAAGAAGAGAGAGUUUUCUGAGGACAGCGUGUACGCUCAGGUGAAACUCUGAUGCUGUUAAUAAAGUCGAGCUUAAACUCUAAACCUGCAUCAUGUAGAUUUUAUUAUUUACUAAACCCACUGGCCAUCUAUCAAAACCCACUGGCCUUCCAUCGGAACCCACGGGCCCACAAUCAAAACCUACUGGUCCACCAACAAAACCUACUGGUCCACCAACAAAACCUACUGGUCCACCUACAAAACAAACUGGCGCACAAAGAAAACCAACGGGCCAACCCUCAAAGCCUACUGGCCCACCCAUAAAAAACCCACUGGCCCACCAACAAAACCCACUGGCCCACCAACAAAACUCA